CUUCAUACAGCCGUAGCCAGGUCGUAGUUGAAUUUUCAGUGAAAGUUGUGUCAAGUGUUGCGAAGAGACUGUGAAAAUGAAGAUCGAUUUGAAUCAAAUGGCGCCGGUGCUUUUUGCAUUAUACACGAUAGAGACAUUGAUCAACAUGUUUCUGAUCCACUUCAAUCUAAAAGAUUUCGUUGUCAUCAACCUGAGGGAUUUUGAGGACAACCUGCCGCACAUCUUUUACGUAUGUGUUUAUUACAUAUUCACACUGCUAACGGCCUUUGCCAGCAUUAACUUGUGCACCGGAAAUCAAUUCUCGAUUAUCGAGGAAGUCGUGCGUCCGCUGUUCGGUUUUAUUACCUACACGGUCUGCUCUCUGUUGACACUGGGCAUGGCCGAAGCGGACACAAAUGUUCUGUAUAGAGGCAAACAGGCACAGGAUCUGUCCCUGCCGGAGAAGCCAUUGCAUCCGUACUUUGACCAUUUGCGCUAUCAGGCAAAGGGCGCCCUGGUGGCCAGUGUGGUUUACCUGCUGCACUUCUUCACCGCCCUGGAUGUCCUGCUGUCGAACGAGGAAUCGGAACAGGACAACGAACAGAAGGACGCCGAACACGAUGACGAUAUUGUCGAGGAGGAGGACUACGUCCCAGUGCGUCUCUAUAUCUUCGGGAGAGUCGUGCACACCUGGCUGGAGCAGUUUGAGUGGUUCCAGAACUUCACUAGAAGUGGAAAGAGAUCAAUCUGAAUUAAUAUCUUAU